CGCAUCCCCAAUCAAGACACAUACUGACCGAAAACUGAAACCCCCGACGCCUCCAAAAUCAAUCCAAAAAAUGGCGGAAUCUCCGCUUCACUUCUUCACCUUCUCCAUUUUCAAAAUCCCGCAAAACCCCAUAUAAGAAAUUCCCCCUUCUUCAUCUUCCCCAUCAAAAUUUCAUAAAUUUCCUCAACAUGAAAGCCUCUCUGAAAUUUCGCGAAGACCAGAAGCCCCUUCUGCGAGCCAAAGUCCCUCUCUCAAUCUUGGGCUUGCCGUUUCAAUCCGGCAUCAUCGCCGGCGAGUCCAAGGAGCUCACUCUCAAUCUCUCCACUUUCUUCGAAUCUGGACCGUCCGUCAAGAUUGCUUACCGUCCUAACGACACGUGGAACCCCUUCUCGUUGGUGGUUAAAACCGGAACUGGACCAUUCGGUUCGCCGAUCUCGAGCUCUAUGUUGAUGAGCGCCGAGUUCAAUUUGCUCGGCCGUGGAAACCCUAGCUUCAUGCUUCACUUCAAGCCGCAGUUCGGUGACUUCUCGAUUAAGAAGUCUCAGUCGUCUGUGUUCAAGCCGCAGAACGGCGCCGUUUCAGGGGAGGAUGAUUCGUCGAUUGAGGUCGUGGAGUCUCCGAUGUUGAAGAAGCUCACCCUUUCGCCGUCGAAAUCCGCGGCUGAUUUCGCCGGGAUUUUAUCCGGUGUCGAGAUGGCGGCGAGGACUGCUUUGCCGGUGAAGUCACGUGCCGUCGUGAACAUCCGAUGGGGAGUUAGGGUUCCUGCGGAUACGAGUGCCGAACCAACGGCUGGGAUCAAUUUUAAGAGGAUUCCGUUUCUGGUUAUGAACAAGAUCGGGAUUGAACACGUGGACGGCGCAGAUUCGAAAGAAAAAAACAAAGAUAACAAAAAACAACUGCUAAUGGGCCAGGAACUGGGCCUGGCGGGUAACGCUAAUAUGUCCGAGCUGUGUUUUAACGUUAAACGACAGUUGGAGAUUUUGCAAACCGAGAAUGGUUUCUUAAAGAAAGCUGUCGAAGAUCUUCGACAAGAAAUCGUAAACAAGAACCAGAAUCCGACCCGGGAUUUGAAUUCGGGUCGCCGGAGUAACGAGAAAAGAUCGGCGGCGAUGGAGGGAGAUGUGAACGAGGAGUUGAAGAAGGCAUUGAAGGCUCAGGUUUGAUGUCAUGAAGAUGUUCUUUAAUUUUUGUUUAGGGUUGUUAUUGUAAAGAUGUUGAACUAUAAGGGACUGUCCUAAUAUUUUGCGUUUGUUUGGAGAAGUACAUUUGGAAUAAUGUUGGUAAUUUAAUUUAAUAAGAUUGUUCUUAAUUUUUA